UGACUAUCCGCCUACUUUAUUCAGCUGUUCAAGAGUUCCAGCAUAAAAAAGUGUAAGUACAUAAGGAGCUCAGAAUCGGACUCUUAUCUGUGCUAUCCUCUCAACACUUCCAACUCGGGACCUGAGACGCUGGCCUGCAGUUCGUAAUCUUACUUCUCCAGAAAGCCAGCCAAAUAUCUGCAAAACAAUGAAUUUCAGGCUUCAGAUUCCAACAUUCUUCCUCCUUCAAUAUUUCUUAGCGAGUGAGGCAACAAUAAUACUACGAUGCCAGUGCUUUCAAUUUCUUGAUAAGGUGCCUCCUAAUAUAAUCAAGAACUUUCAGAUACUUCCAAAAUCAACUCACUGUAGCAGAGCUGAAAUUAUACUAACUGUGCAGCAGGAUAACAAAGAACAAGAGGUUUGUCUAAAUCCAGAAUUGAAGCAGGGCAAGAGAGUACAAAUGUGCUGGGAAAGGAGCAUUGAGAAUGAUCUAAAGAAAAUGAGAGAAUGUAUUAAAACAAAACCAAAGAAAGGUCCGAAGAAAAAUAAGAGAAGAGGACAAAGGCAGAAAAACUCGGUCUAAACCUGAUUUAACCCUGCUCUCCAUCCUAAAUGCUUUUAUCCGACGUGCAGUGCAGUAGAAAGUAGGAGAAAGAUGAUGGAAUACAAGGGACAAUCCUGUUCUCUGACUCUGAAUUGUGCAUGACAAUUUUUGAAAAUGUCUUUUGAUUCCUGCUCUUCAGUUUUAAAAAAGCUGUGUAUGUUUAUGGAUAAUUAAAUGUUACAUGUUCAGUUAGUUACCCAGGUUCCAUAUAGCCUCUUUAGAGUACUGCAAAAACAAAGUAAUGCCUCUACUAAUUAGAGUCCACUUGUCAACCAAUCAGCACUCUCUUCACAUACAGUAUAAAUUGUUGUUUUCCCCUUAUAUUGGUUAUUCUUACCAAUUAUCCUGAUGAGUGCAAGACAAAAAGCUUUGACAUGUCUCUUUUUUCAGCAAUACUCAAGAUAGAAGCAAUUGCUGACCAUGGUGAACAUAGGACUGGGACUGUAUAUACAGAGCAAUUAACCACAUGUUUGCAAGCACGUUUUAGUUCAUCAAUCCUGGAGACAAACUGAUUUUGUAGUAGUUUUAAGUGAAUAUUAUGUAUUUUCUAUGUCACAUUGUACAGGUCAAGUUAGAUAGCAAAAACCUUACUUCAUAUACGUUUCUUCACCACUCACUUCAGUAUUUUGGGUUCUGGACUGAUCUACUUCUAAUACUACUGAGAGUUGGCCGCUAGAUAGGCAUGUGCAGAGUUUCUCUCUGAGGCUUCCUAUCCCUGUGAGAAAAUAGCUGGGCCAGAGGAUCAUGACUAAUUUGGCAAAUGGAAGCACAAGAAAAUUGAACCCUACUGUCAUACACCACAUGCUGAUUCUCCAAGCUGUCACAUUAGUGCACUGCCAUUAAAAGGGUUUUUUCAGUGGACCGUAGGAAUGUAUUGCAAAGCCAAUAUGUGUUCAAAGUAUUCAUUUUGCAUUAUAAUUUUUUUAAAAGACUUAUAACGUCUCUGUUAUUUGAAAGAACAAAUAGUUUAAUAAAAACAAACAACACCAA